AUGACUGCAUCCAAGAACCGACGCUCACCCCACCACACGCCCGCUCCGGACAAAGCAACAACGGUCAAGUGCGGAACCAGAAGCGACGCGGCACAAGGACCAUCAGCCACCGGCACCCAAAAGCCACCAGACUGGUCCCGUCGUGUUACCUGCUCGUACAGUCCCUCUGCUCUUCGCCAUUGGCUUCUCUUCACCGUCGUCGCCUCACACAUGCGCCAGCCACCCAAUACCACCAUGACCUCCACGCAACCACUCGCGACACCAUCCACGCCAAGCUAUCCAGGCAUGCUUACGGAUACAAACUCUUGUCUCACCAUGCUCAAUAAUAAAGGCCAGCUCGGCCCAGCCCAGUCUAGCCCACACCCUCCCGACCCUCCGCCGGCCGGUCUUGCAUCCUCCUCAUCCUGUGACGGGCUAUUGGCCGCUUUGCCACGGAUCUCAACGGCGUCGUCGCUCCUCGGCUGCCCUGACGGUGCUCAAAAUUUCCUUCUCGAACAAGACACGCCAUGA